CCCCGCCCACCUUGCUACCCUGACCAGUUGCCAACCGCUGAACUACGUCUCCGUAGAGCCAAUUGCGGUUCCCGGUCCCUCGACACCCGAGAGACGACAAGUACUAAUAGCGACGUGAUCUACUAAUGAUCUAAGGGAAAGGACAAACAAACACCCAGCCACACCGCUCGUCCCAUCCGAUCUCUCUCUCACAAUGAAGGUCUUCGCCGUCUUGAUCUCCCUGGCUAGCGUCAUCUCGACCGUAGCAUCGGCCCCGGUCGUCCCACGACAGUACGCCGGCGACACGUUCAACCAGCUGACCGAUGGCACGCCCUGCCGGAACGUUACCGUGAUUUACGGCCGCGGCACUGGCCAGCAGGGCAACGUCGGGGACCCGGCUGCCGUGGGCCCGCUGUUCUUUAACGCCCUGGCCUCGAGAAUCGGCGAGGAGAACCUGGCCGUCCAGGGCAUCACGUAUGCCGCCAACAUUCUCGGCUUCCUAUUCGGUGGUGAUGGCCCGGGCAGCAGAAGCAUGGCCAACCAUGUCAAGCAUGCAGCUGCAAUUUGUCCGGACACCAAGAUUGUCUUGUCGGGAUACAGCCAGGGUGCACAGAUCGUUCAUAAGGCUGCGGGUCUACUGUCGCAAGCCGAUGCGGACAGAGUCACGGCUGUGCUCACAUUCGGAGACCCGUUCAGCAAGCGCACAGUUGCCAAGAUCCCUGCCGACAAGGUCAAGGUUAUUUGUCAUGAGGGCGAUCGCAUCUGCGACGGAGGUAUCAUCAUCACGCCCGAACAUACGAAUUACCAGGAGGAUGCGGAUGAUGCGGCGGCUUGGGUUGCUUCGAUGGUGGCAUGAGAAGUUGCACGUAGAUUUACACGUACUCGUAUUCGUAUGUGAAGAAUAAGGGAAUAAGGUACCUUACCUUAGGUAGGGACUCGUACAGAAGGAGGAAUACUUUAACAAAAUGUAAUGACUAAU